GCAUGGACAACGUUUAGAAUGGAAUGUCCGCACCCAUCAACAUGGGGAGUCUGACUGAACAUUAUUCGGGUGUUAGAUGUGUCGUACUUGUUCUUGGAGGCGCAGAUAAAUUUGCAAAAAUACAUUCAAUUCAAUAUCCAGCAGUCUCAAUGAUAUGGAUUCAAUUGUCAUUCCAGUGGACAAAGUAACAGUUUACCCCGACAAAUCACUCAAGGUUUUGGGACUUCACACCGAAGCUAGAACAUCAUUCAUAACCUACUGGCUACCAUAUAUCUUCAAGCACGAAUAUAUUGCCCUCCGACCUGUUCCUCAAGCGGCAUACGAACGCGCUGCUUCUUUAUGCAUCUCUCCGCAGCCUGACGUCGUGACUCGCGUAUGCAUGUUGUUCAAAGGUAUCUGUAAGGAGCACUUAGCAAAUUGGGCUAAUGCACAGAUGCAAGCCGAGAAAAACGUUGCUUGGUGGGUGGAUGUGGUUGGAGUUGAUCCUGCAAGAGCUGGUGACGUGACUUUGUUGAGGGUGUUAGAAUGGGGCGGGAUGGAUAUUCUCAUUUGAUAUUCUAUCAGAUCACUCAAUUUAUAUAAGUGCUAUCGUGUUCUGUCUUGAUCUGAUCUGUUCUGCAUCCGACAGUCGUGCGGAGAAUAUGAGCUUGAUAUGCCCGCAGCUGAAAAGCUGAGGUUAAUGCUAAAGCGUUGAAGAUGUG